AGACCAGCAAAAUUCACACCAAAACUGAGUUGUUUUAUUAUUUAAGAAGGCGCAUCCGCAACGCCAUUGAAGAACCUCCACUGCAAUCCUCGGAGAUGGCGUCGGAUAAUCAGCCGACGAACCAUAAGCUCUCCAUUCCACUGAAGACCAGGUUCACCCUCGCCCUCAUCUCCACCUUCAGCGACACUGCCCAGCGCCCCGACGGCUCCGUCCUCCGUGGUGGCUUCUUCCGCUUCUUCGACUUCCGUUCCCCUCCCAAUCCCCGGCCUUUCAAUGGCGUCUCCUCCUCUGAUUUCUCCGUCGAUCCCUCCCGCGAUCUCUGGUUCAGGGUCUUCACCCCCCACGCCGCCGAUGGCCGGAGCCUUCCCGUCGUCGUCUUCUUCCACGGCGGCGGAUUCGUUUUCCUCAGACCUGACUCCGUCACUUACGACCGAGUCUGCCGCCGAUUAGCCCGGAAAAUCCAGGCCUACGUCAUCUCCAUCAACUACCGUCACGCUCCCGAGCACCGGUACCCGGCCCAAUACGACGACGGAUUCGACGCCCUGAAGUUCCUCGACGACAAUCACGCCACGAUUCUUCCCCAUAACGCAGAUCUGAAGAAAUGCUUCCUCGCCGGAGACAGCGCCGGGGGCAACAUCGCUCACAACGUCGCCGUCCGAGUUUGUUCCGUCGGGUUUCGCGCCGUGAAAUUAGCCGGAAUCGUAGCGAUCCAGCCGUUCUUCGGCGGAGAGGAGCGCACGGAGGCGGAGGAACGCGUCGUCGGAGCUCCGCUGGUCUCCGUCCCUCGCACGGACUGGUGCUGGAGGGCGGUUCUGCCGGAGGGAACGAACAGGGACCACGUGGCGGCGAACGUGUCGGGGCCAAACGCCGUCGAUAUCUCGGGGCUUGAUUUCCCGGCGACGAUGGUGGUGGUGGCGGGGUUCGAUCCACUGCAGGAUUGGCAGAGAAGGUACAGUGAGUGGUUAAAGAAAUCCGGGAAAAAGGCAGAGUUAAUCGAGUAUCCAAACAUGUUCCAUGCUUUUUAUAUCUUCCCCGAAGUGCCUGAAUCAGAAAAACUGAUCAUGCGGAUCAAGAAUUUCGUCGACGACCGCGUCGCUUCCCUCUCUGCUUAGCGACCCAUUUAAUUUUAAAUAAAUGCACGUGCAAUAUAUAUAUAUAUAUAUAUAUAUAUAUAUAUAUAUAAUGUUUAGCUCGACUGAAUUAUUAAAAAAAAUGUGAUAAAAUGAUUGUGUAUAUGGUUGGAGUUGUAAUGCAAUCUGAUCUUAUAUGUGUAGUAGAUAUCCGAAUCUUGAUAAUAAUAAAUGUUUAUUUUUCAAAAUAAUAUUAAUAUAUUUUUUCAACA